CACCAUCGUCUCUCAGGUUUUUCUCUGAUGGUACUAUAACCUUUUUAAUGAAUUAGAGAAUCCUACGUCUAAGAAAGAAUGUUUUGAUUCAUUUGGGAGCAGGUGUCAUUUACCUAAAAAAGAAGAUUUGAUUAUAUUUGUUGACAUACAGAAUAGCAAUGUCAGAAGAAAUUUCAAUAAAGGGCUUAAGUCAUGAAAGAGAUAAGAAUGAUUCUACAACGGUGUCGGAAUUAUUUGACAAUGCUUUCGAAAUGUUUAACAAUAUUAAUGCUACGGUAGAACCAACGAACAGUCCGAAAGUACAGUUGGAUAUAAAACGGACAAUGCGUAUGUUUGAGGAUGCAACGAGACUUGUAUCUAUAGUGGAUAUGUUUAGCGAUAACGAAUCUUUUGAAGAAGUAGCCACAGAGAAUAUCAAAUAUUUUUUAUUACCGGCUCUAUUGGGAAAACUUACUAAUCAGUUAUGCAUUACUGAUGAUAGAAUGCAUUUAGUUAAAGUAGCAGAAAUCUAUUUUAUAGAUUUUUUAAAGCGGCUAAAAGCAUAUGGUCUGAUAACAGAUGUUGAAAUACCACAAAUUAGUACAGUUGAUGAGAAAAAGGAAACAGGAGAUAAUGAAGAUACAUCAGAAUUAAGGAUGUUAGAGAAUAUGAUAAUCCGUAGAAAUACAAAGUUACAAAAAUAUCAACAGGAGAAGGAUUUGGAAUCUCGUUUGGAUACUUUAAAGAAGAACUUAGAUAAUCCUAAUAUUGAUGACGAAUUUAAGAGAGAAUAUUUUGUUACUCUUGUAAAAUUAUAUGCAGUUCGAAUCGUUGAUGAUUUAAAUUUCUUGAAAAGGGAGAAAACGAUUUUGGAGAAUAUGAAGGAAAUGAAACCGAUGCAUACUUCGACUUCUGAAAUACAAAAAAAGCAAAAAUCACCAGCUCCAAAACUGCAACCCAUUAUCAUUACACGUGACGAAAUACAAAAGAAAGUUUUUGGAGCAGGCUAUCCAAGUUUACCAGUCUUAACGGUGCAAGAGUUUUACGAGCAAAAGGUCAAGGAUGGAGACUGGCCCGAUUCAUCGCAACAUAAUGUAACCAAUUCUCGAUGUUUACAAAAUGUAGCGAAUAAAGAUGUAAUGGCAAAUAAUGAGGAUAGUGAAACCGUUUUGAAGGAAAAAAAAGAAGAAAAAGAUGAUCCCGAAUAUCUCGAACGACUGCGUGCAAUGGAUGAAUAUAAAGACACACAUCGUCGUGGAUGGGGUAAUCGUGCUAAUAGAAGUUAAGAUGUCUGAGAAUAAAAUUAAUAUAAUUCUAUCCUUAGAAUGUUUUUUUAUGUCUUCGUUUAUAAGACUUUAUGUUUUAAUUACAUUUCAUUGAACUAAAGUAAAGUUGAGAAUCUGUUUUAAAACAGUAAAAUAAGUAAUGGAAGCGGGAGAUGCUAAUCUUUUUAUAGCUUCUGGUUGUUUUUCACUAGUGUCUCACGAGGGAACGUUUCAAAUUGCAAAAGCGAUAUCAAAAAACUAACGCUAUUAGCCGAAAGAUUACAUUGAAAUAGAUAUUCUAAAUAGUCAAAUCUUGAGAUCCUAUAGAUUCUGCAUCCAAUUUGGUAUCAUAUUUGAUCAUUUUAACUUCAAUUAAAAUAUUUCGAGAAUAAUACAUUUUUAGAAAAAAUAUUUCAAAUGAAAAUUGUAUGGUUUGAAGAGAGAGGGCCGUUAGAUGAGCUACGUAUAUUUUAGGUUUAGGGCCUAUUUUGGGCCCAAUAAGACUCAGGUUAAUUUUUUUCUAUAAAAAUGUCUACUUUGUAUUGUAGAUUUGUCCUAUAGAAAAAAAACAAGGAAAUUGUUGCCGGUAAUUUUUCGCUAAACCUCCUUUAAUAGGCGUAAAAUAGUGCUCAAGUACUUUUGAAAUAUAUUCCGGUCAAUGAAGGGAAGACCAGUGAAUAAUUCAGCCGAUGGAGAUGAUAGCCCUAACGAAGGAUAUACAAAAGUACGUACCGGCGUUUUUUUUAUAUCUGAAAAUAAAUUACCUUAAUUGGCUGGAUUAUCUGCUGGUCUUGCCUACGUUGGCCGGAAUAUAUUUCAAAAUAAGAAUUUGAGCGCUAUGUUGCGUUUAUUAAAGGAGGUUUAGCGGAAAAUUACGGGGAACAAAAUUCCUUCUUUUUUCCAUAGGAUACGAAUUUACAAUAAAAAGUAGGCAUUUCUAUAGAAAAAAAAUUAAUCUGGGUCUUAUUGGGCCCAAAAUAGAUCCUAAACCAAAAAUUUAAGUAGCUCAUCUAACAGUCCUCUUUAAACCC